AUGCGACCUACGACUCCCAAUUUCAAUUUCGCUCAAAGUGCCGGCCCUUCGUCACCACCUGAGACCCCGACUAAUUCUACCUUUACCUUCGCACCUCAACGACCAUCAAUGAACUUUCCUCGUCCCUCACCCAAAACAAAUGGGAUCAUACCCAAUGGUCCAGGGCCUCACUUCAGCUACAAUCGAGUCGAAGACUUAUCUCCACGAUCUACUUCUCCCUCGUCCGAAUCCUCGGGCAGCGCAAGUCCACCGCGAUCAGAGAGUUCCCAACGCGCGCAAUCACCACUUUCGUCGCCUAUCCACAGGCAUUCACGGGUAGUGGACAAGGGCAAUUUUACAUUGGAAGAAAUAACAGACAGCGACCUCGAGGGCUACGAUUACGACGAAGAACUUAUAAUACGACCCCACCAGUAUGAAGAUGCUGAGUCCGAUGGAGGACAUAUUGCGCCUAUAUCUACACCAGCCGAGCUCGAUCCACAUUUCAUCAGUGAUCUACGCGAUCUUACUGCACACGACUGCACAGACGCUUCUAACAAUGAAGAACAAGAUGGGUCGCCAUUGGAUGAGCAUGAAGCUUGGGUACAGCGCAAUCGGGAAGAACGUCGUCGUCGGCGCCGUAGUUCAGCUACUGUACAAAAACGAUCACUUGCGCAAAGUAUCGGGAGUGAUACUGACGAUGAGGAUUUAAAGCCAGAUCAUAUAAGCGCAAACGAGGCGGGAUCUAGUGCUCGGAGACUACGAAGAAAAACAUUCAAUCAUGGUGGAGAUAAACGGUCGAGUCUUAUAUUUGAUGAUCCACCGCCCCGGAUUCCAGAAUUGGAAGAACCAGAUAGUUGCGAGGAAGUCCUUGAAGAUGAUACAGAAUUGGAUGAUCUAAAAGAGUUGCCAUAUUACGUCUUGGAUGAAUCUAUGGAUAUCGACUCUUCUUCCUGA